AUGCCGCCGUCCGCAAACCACGCGGGGGAUCCCCACACGGCCAGUGCAAAAGAGCUCAAAGAUGACACCAUCAUUGUCGUCCUCGGCGCAUCCGGCGACCUGGCGAAAAAGAAAACGUUCCCGGCUCUGUUCGGCCUUUAUCGCAACAAAUUUCUCCCCAAAGACAUCAAAAUUAUUGGAUAUGCCCGAACGAAAAUGGAUCAUGCCGAAUUCAUCAAACGCGUGCGCUCGUACAUCAAGGUCCCCACAAAGGACAUCGAGGAGCAGCUAGCUGGCUUCUGCGACCUCUGCACCUACAUCCCCGGCCAGUAUGACGAGGAUGACUCCUUUGUUACAUUAAACAACCACCUGGUGGAGCUAGAGAAAGGAAGGAAGGAGCAAAAUAGAAUAUUCUAUAUGGCUCUGCCCCCAAGCGUCUUCACAACCGUGUCGGAGCACUUAAAAAAGAACUGUUACCCCGAAAAUGGCAUUGCAAGAAUUAUCGUCGAGAAGCCGUUUGGCAAGGAUCUCCAAAGCUCCCGCGACCUCCAGAGAGCCCUCAAACCCAACUGGAGAGAAGACGAGGUCUUCCGUAUUGAUCAUUACCUCGGAAAGGAAAUGGUGAAGAAUAUUCUCAUCCUCCGCUUUGGAAAUGAAUUCUUCAAUGCGACGUGGAAUCGCCACCACAUCGAUAACGUGCAGAUCACAUUCAAAGAACCUUUUGGCACGGAAGGUCGAGGCGGAUAUUUUGACGAGUUUGGAAUCAUCCGUGACGUUAUGCAAAACCAUCUACUCCAGGUGCUCACUCUACUGGCUAUGGAGCGGCCUGUAUCUUUUUCUGCUGAGGAUAUUCGUGACGAGAAAGUUCGUGUUCUACGAGGCAUUGACCCGAUCUUGCCGAAAAACGUCAUCAUUGGGCAAUAUGGUAAAUCGCUGGAUGGUACCAAGCCGGCUUACUACGAAGAUGAUACUGUUCCAAAGGGAUCUAGAUGUGCCACCUUUUGCGCCAUGGUUGCGUACAUUAAGAAUGAGCGCUGGGAUGGUGUUCCAUUCAUUUUGAAGGCUGGAAAAGCGUUGAACGAGCAGAAAACCGAGAUCCGCAUUCAGUUCCGCGACGUGACCUCUGGCAUCUUCAAAGACAUCCCGCGCAAUGAACUUGUCAUCCGCGUGCAGCCCAACGAGUCCGUCUAUAUCAAGAUGAACUCCAAGCUUCCCGGCCUUUCCAUGCAGACCGUCGAAACAGAGCUCGAUCUCACCUAUCGCCGAAGAUUCUCUGACCUGAAAAUUCCAGAGGCUUAUGAGUCGCUGAUUUUAGAUGCCCUCAAGGGUGACCACUCGAAUUUCGUUCGUGAUGACGAGUUGGAUGCGAGCUGGAGAAUCUUCACUCCUCUUCUUCAUUAUCUCGAUGAAAAUGAAGAUAUCACCCCCAUGGAGUAUCCAUAUGGCUCUCGUGGUCCCGCCGUGCUCGAUGACUUCACCGCGUCGUUCGGAUACAAAUUCAGCGACGCCGCUGGAUAUCAGUGGCCGACGACGAAUUCUCCAAACAAUCGGCUGUAG